AUGCGUUGCGGCCUAGCGUGCCUCUACGAACGACGAAACGUACGAAAAGAUCUAGCACGUUGGUCUCGAACAGCACUGCUUGCAGCAGGUGUCGAAAAUCUCGCUUGUUACUUUGCUGGCAAAGAAGUUUGGGAAACCAUCUUUCCGGAAUCUCCGCUGUGCCUUAACAAAACCGAUUCGGACCCGACCGAUUUCGUGCCUGACGAGCUGUGCCUACUUUGUGAUCGACAGCGACAGGAGCUGGCAGCAAACCUCAGAGAAAGAAAGCUACUAAUGUGCGAGUCGGACUCCGGUGUUUGUUCGUCGGCAUCACCACCAACUUCACCUCGUGCUUCACAGCCUGUACCGUCAGCUUCGACUGAGGCCACACUAGUCGGAAUGACAAAUCUGUAUGAAAGGACACGCGAAGCAAUCAUGAGAAUGCAGGCUGCUCAGCAAUUUGAGAUGAUGUCGCAGAUGCAGAUGCUUGGACUGUUUGGCAUGGCUCCUGCUGUCACUCCUGAACUCCAACGGAUUAUGUUCGAAAAUCAAUUAGCCAUGGCUAACCCAUUUUUGGCAAGUACACUAUGGAGUUUGCCUGUCCAACCCGCUCCCCCUCAGCUCCCACCGCAAAACACAAAACCGCUUGAGCCCCAAGCUGAAACACGUCCUCGAGAAGAACAACCGCUAGAUUUGAGCAGAAAAUCGGGAUUGGAAGCAAUUAUCGACAUCGAAGCUGCCAAUUAUAGCCACAAACAGCGGAAGCAUCAACAACAUCAGCAGAAUUUUGCAACAGUGGAAAAGGAACCGGCUAGUUCGGAGGAUUUGAUAAGAAACGGGUACGGUAUGAAACGGAAUUAUAGUCAAGUAGAUCUAACGGCAGCUGUCAAUGAUAUACGAUGUGGACGAUUAGGGACGAGGCGGGCGUCUGUAGUAUAUGGAAUCCCACGAUCGACUUUGAGAAAUAAAAUAUACAAACUAGAAGCUGCGGAAGAAAUGGCUGGACAAGUGCCAAUGAGUAAAAGAAGACGACCUGGCGGACAGAGCAAUGCCGAGAAGAAGCUUGCCGAGCAGGUGGAACGGCAGAAAAAGGCCUCGACCCCAGUUACUGAUUGUUCAUCUAUCUCUCCAAGCAGUGAUGGAACUGAGGGAGAGAAAAAUGAUAAUCCGGAAAAUCGUUGGGAUAGCGACUGGACUACCAAUCUCUGGCAGAGUCUCUUCAGCCAGACUACGACAAGCAUAGCUGGUGACAAUAUUGGCACGUCUUCGAAAGAAGAUGUCAAAAAAGAAGAUCUCUCGGAAUGGAAGAAAAGUCGACCGAAACGCGGGCAGUACAGGAAGUACGACAAAAAUGCCUUGGAUGAAGCGGUACGAAGCGUUCGUCGAGGUGAAAUGAGUGUGCAUAGAGCAGGAAGUUACUACGGCGUACCUCACUCAACUCUGGAAUACAAAGUUAAAGAAAGAAAUUUGCUGCGCAAGAAAAAGGAUUCGCCACCAGCAGUGAAAGAGAUAUCGUUGAUGCAGGAGCCAAUUGCUUCACUGGAUAUCUCGGAAGAGUCAACAAGUCCAGCAAUAACUGUGUAGACUAUUUUCAAUGUUCUCAUAGCGAUAUUGAUUUGAAGGCACAAUAGUUGUUGCCAAGGCGAUGAAUGGCUUUACUCCAAUUAUUCUAUCGUCAUAUCUUGAUCGAUAAUCGAUCGCGUCAUAUCCAUAUCAAAGUGCAUCAUUCUUUUAUUCUACUCACUUUGUUUGCUUCCUUAUCUGUUUUGAUCG